UGCGUGUAUAUAUGUUUGUUUGGUUCUGAAGUCAUAGGGUUAAAGUAGAAAUACAUUGUAAAAUGUAGAACACUUUAUUAUAAAGUAUUCACAGUAUUUUGGAUGUCGCAUUUACAUGUUUAUCCUAUUUUAUUAAUUUUGACAUAGCCAGUGAAUUCACUUGCUAAUCAUCACAUAUCAUAGCAGUCCCUUGUUACCAAGCAAACAUGCCCUCUCGUGGCCUUGAGCGGCAUGAACGUGAAAGGGAGCGAUUUGAUUGGUCGCUUCAUGUGUCAAAGCCAUGAUACAUUCCUGCUUUCUCCAUCAUGUUGCCUUUUAUUGUCACACAUUAAAAAAAAACCUAAUUCUGAAUACGACCGGCCGCUGUGUGGCUCUGAAAUGACGUCAUUCAUGUCAUGUGGUGAAAUCCAUGUUUUAAGCUGGUAUUGAACAGGAGAGGUUGAGCAUAUGGCGUAUUUGUUCAGCGUGAAUGCAUCACUAUGUCAACAAAUGCCGCAGUCAAACCAUUAAUGAGGCCAUUACUGGUGUGUAGAGUUAAUCCGAUCUUCCGUAGUGGUGCUUUAAGGACGCUCAGUGGGCGGUCCAAAGGAGCGCGGAGCCAAUGAAUGGCCGUCUCUGUUUAAAUAGACCUUGAUGUCAACUUCUUCACUCACUGCAGCUCUAACGCCAUAUUGGCUGCUAUGUCCUGACUUGUCUUGCAGCUUUACUACGCACCUGACAGGAGUCGCCCCAAUCACCUCCCCCCCCUUGGAUUCUUACCCACUUUUUCCUUUAAUGGAGUAUCCGCGCUGCGUUCCUGCCGCGACCACUUGGGAAUAGGUUUUGUCAAAAUGUCAGAUGUUCGCCUUUCCGACGCGACCGUGGAGAGGGUGGACGCGCCGCCGCAGGACAACGGCAAGCCUCCGGUGCGCAGGGUCCUUUUUGGGACACCUGACCCGACAGAGAUACGCGACUGUCUGACGGCUUCCAUCGGGGAGGGCGUGCAGGCGUUUAAGGAGCGCUAUAAUUUCGACCCGAAGUCCGAGACGCCUCUUCCCGCGGGGAACUUCGUGUGGACGGUGGACCGCGGCGCACCGGAUUUCUUCUCCAGGCCGCCUCACGGGAGGAGACCGUCGCCCGCAGGGGCUGAAGGAAACCAGGCGCAGGAAGCCAACAAUCUCGCGGAGCAGUAAAGCCUAUGUGAAGGGGAGCGCAGAGAGAAGAGACAGCACUCACAAGCAGGCUCUCCUAUAGGAAGGCACGAGAGGCUGCACAAGCACUGAACAUGUACACUAUCAAGUUUUGGCACUCUUAUUGAUAUUCUUUUUUUAAUUCUUAAAUUGCCUCAGAAGCAGCAGACAAUGUAGCAAAAGUGUGCAUAUUGAUGACCCUCCCUUCCCCAUCGUUUGUGCUGUUUUUACUACCUAUGUUUUUAUAUGUAGCACAUAAAAAGCUAAAUGCUUUUCAUGCCUGUGUUUUUGGAUAAUAUGUGUGAAUUUUGACACGGGUGGUGGGGUGGUUUAGUUGCAGUGCAAUUUCCACCUCCCCCCUAAAAUAUUUCAAGUGGUCAUGUUAUGUUGUAAUUAUUCAGGUCUUUUUUUUAAAUGCAGAUUUCAACAGUCAUCAGGGUUGUAUGGAAACUUAAAUGUCUUCCUUUUUGUUCUGGCUCUUCCAUGGGAACAGCCACAAGAGACAAAGUUUACAUGAGAAUCUCUAUGUACCCCUUUUUAUUUCAUCCUGUUGUAUUUUUUUUUUCCCCCAGAGAUUUGCCAAAGUGUGCCUUUUUUGGUUUGGGGGAUGGACAGUUGAGCAAUAUUCGACCAAAUUUUCCAAUAAUAAUCCUAAGAAAUUGUAUUAUUUGAAUGCACCCCUGAGUGAUGAACAGUCCAGAUUUAAAAGAUAAAUAAAUAAAAAAUCACUGGGCUACUUAUGCAAAUAUGUGAAAUUCAUGUGGAACAUGUAAAUUGCACUAUUA